AUGGAUGUAUCUCACGACCAGAUUGUUUUUCACAUUGAGUUAACAUCGUCUCCACGAGAUAUAACGGUUAUACCAUCGGACCAGCUUGCCGUGACACUAAGGGAUGAGGAACGUAUUCAGCUACUUACAACAAGAAAAGGUUUGACUAAAGCAGAACAAAUGAGAACAGUCGGAAAUUGUCGAGGCUUUAAAUAUGAUGACAGGAAACUUAUUGUUGCGUUCGAUGGUAAAGUUAGGCCAAAAAUAGAAAUCUUAAGACUUAACGGAGAAGUACAGUGCACUUUCCAACUGAAUGAGUUGGGGUCUAUGACAUUUACGGAACCAAUAUGCAAAGGUUUUAGCCCAGAUAGCAGUUGGAUGUAUGUUACUGAUUUAACUAAACUGUGUCUGUUCCGUUUAUCAAGGUUUGGAAAUGUUACCGGCACAUUUGGAAGACAUAGGUACAUGGGUCUCGCAGUUAGUGCUGGUGGCUCUGUAUACGCCUGUUCAAUGUCAAGCAACUCCGUAUUUCAGUCACCUGAUGAUCUGUCAGAAGACGAAGCAGUGUUGAACAUCAAUGACGAUAUUGAAGCAACGAUAGCACUCGCUAUUUCCAACGUUAAGAAAAUUAUCAAACUGUUCUUACAAUAUUUUCUAUUGACCACAGUUAAAGACACAUUAUGUCUCAUACAUGAAUAUUUUGUUCCGUCUUCAGGGAGAGGAAUUGCAGGUACAUGUGGAUCCCGGCCUUGUAGUCCGAAACAGCGUUGUCUGCCAUCAAACCCACCACGAUGUAUAAACAUUGAUAUCUCUACUAUCCAAUGUCACGUUGAAGGUAAAUGGGAAGAAAAGACGUGCGUCCCAAAGGAUUGUGGUCAACCUACGACAGAAAAUGGAAUUGCAACAUUGCUGGACUCGUCUAAUACAACAUAUAUGGCACUAGCUACUGUCACGUGUAACGAGGGAUACGAGACGAACAUAUCACAUGUCAGGUGUCAGUCUGAUGGCACUUGGUCUGCAGGAAAUUGUUCAAAAACGAAUUGUGGUCAACCUACGACAGAAAAUGGAUUUGCAAAAUUACUGGACUCGUCUGAUACAAGAUAUAUGGCACUAGCUACUGUCAUGUGUAACGGAGGAUACGAGACGAACAUAUCACAUGUCACGUGUCAGUCUGAUGGUACAUGGUCAGCAGGGAAUUGUUCAAUAAUUAGUUGCGGUUCAUUACCAAGUAUUGCAAAUGGUGUCGCGACUCUUUCUCUACCAGGAUCAACUCUAUAUCUAGAUACAGCUACACUUGACUGUAAUUUCGGGUUUACCGCUACUCCAGCCACGUUUAAAUGUUUGUCGUCAAAGUCAUGGGAACAUUCGCAUUGUGCCUGUAUGCCACCAGACAAUUACACCGGAAGUCUGGAUAGCACCAAAAACGGAUAUACAUGUCAGAGAUGGGAUUCCCAAAUUCCACACCACCAUACAGAAACUAACGACUCACUUUACCCGGAUACAUCUGUAUCAGCUGCAAAUAAUUAUUGUAGAUCUAUCGGACGAGGCUAUCUUUGGUGUUUCAUCACCUACGAAUACCUACGAUGGGACUAUUGUAAUGAGCCGACGUAUAUUUGUUGAAUAUUCGAUCCAAAAGACAUUAUAGACUUAGGUCUGUCCAUUGAUUCGGGCUGACUUGUCGGUUCCUGUAAUGCAAUGAGGAUGACAGUUGUAUACACACCUUCUGACCAAUAAAUGCGUCGGUAUACUACUCAUUUAAAAUGACGCUUUGAAAAAUUUUCUUAUUAAUUAUAUUUCUUUUUUUUUUCAAAUUAAUUCAAGAGACCGACAAUAGGUCGAUUUUUAUGAAAAUUCUCGUAGGUUUUGUUACAAAAAAUGUACAAACCAUCUGAUUUCGAUUUUAUUAGAGUUUUACAUAAUAUAUAAGAAGACACAGCUAGGCGAAGGCAAACGACAUAAGAUCUUGUUUUUCUUCAUUUUAAAGUAUAGAUCUGCCAUAAUAGCACUUUGUCAGGCCGUGUCGUGUUUUCUCAUGACACGACACGAAUCACUUCAUGACGUCAUUAUCCUGUACUCCUAUGAUUCCAAUAUUUUUGUCAUUCGCAGCGGCUAAAGUCCUGCUCAUCCAAAGUUAAAGUUUUAGAUUUACACCUAAUGUUUAUAAUUGGACUUGUGUAAAUACAUUUUUCAAACUUUUUUUUAUGUAUUUUAUAUUGUCACAUUCACGCUUUUUAAAGUAGAUAGAUGUAUGAUGUACAUUAGAUAUGAAAUCUUUUUCAUUGAUUUUUGUGUACAAAUCCAUAAAAAAUAGACUUAGGUUGUUGUAUAAUAUAAUAUUUUGAAUGAAGAUUGACUGUGUCUUUCGUCAACACAAUACUUA